AGCAAUUCCGAGGGCCCAAACCGUCCCCAAUUGCAUUCCAAGAAUGCCCCCCACGCACCCCCCCUCUCUCCAAUUUCUCAAUUUAACAAUGCCAAUCCACGUCCGUCCUGCCUGCGCCGUGCCGGCGACUCGAUGCUUCUUGGCUUCCUCCCCUCCCACCAUGCCCGCCAAGAAGACUUGGGUGGCCUCGCGCGCCAGCACCGCUCGCGAGUCCUCCUCUGUGGCGGAGUGGGCCAAGGGAGUGAGCCUUGAGGAAUGGCAGGGCUGGGGCACCUCCUCCUCCGUCCCCGCCAUGGUGGCGGAAAUCAUCCGGGGCUUCAGGGCCUUGGAGCAAGAGACCAACAGCAGCAUGAGCUUCGGCGGUCUUGGAGGGAAGCUCCAGGGCAGUUUCAAGGUUCAGGAGGAUAUAAAACAUAGAGCACUCUAUAACUCUCUUAGGGAUUCUGAAAAGAAGCUCCAAUUCUUUUCUGCUAGACAAAUAGCCUGUCGUUUGCUUGGAAGUAGAGGAUACCUUUGCCAGAAGUGUUGGCUUCCCAUGGAAGAUUGCAUGUGUUCGAAACUUGUUCCGUGCUCUUUGUGGUGUGGUAUAAAGUUUUGGCUCUAUAUGCAUCCAAAGGACUUUUUACGCCAAAAUAACACUGGAAAGUUGUUGUGGCAAACAUUUGGAAGUCAAGCUGCAACUCUGUGCCUUUUUGGCAUCCAUGAACAUGAAGAAAUCAUGUGGGAUGCAUUCAGGCAUUCAGGAAAAAACAUGGUGUGGUUUCUCUAUCCCAAUAAGAGUUUAUCUCCCAAGUCAGCUCAGGAUAUCUUCUUUGAAGGGCCAUCUACAGGCCUGAAAGAUCAAAAAGUGGUAUUUUCCGUUCUCGAGGAAAAGCCUUUAAACUUUGUUUUGAUUGAUGGUACGUGGAGCAAUUCAGCUGCAAUGUACAGACGUUUAAAGGUGUAACAUAUGCUGGUGCACCAACCGGCAUUGCCACCUGAAGCCUUGAUUAUGGUAAAACCUUUUGCCAAAGCAUUGUGAUUUGCCAUUGUAUUAGGAGGACAUGAUGAAUGCAUUCCUUGAUGGUAUCCUCUUUUAGGAGAUCUACAUAUAGUCGUUGCUUGUUCGUCUGCGUUAACCUUGUAAUUUUUGUUCCCUCUGUUGCGUUAUCUAUGCUCUCAACUGGGCACUUUUAGCAUGUUUUGAGCUCUUUCAAUUCUCUAUUAAUGCUCUUCUUGUCACCUUACAGUUUGUGCUUCAUGUUGAUGAUAUGAUCAUAGUUAAUGAUCGUGCCUCCACAAUCUUCCUCUGUCAUCCAUAGCAUCAUUUUGUGAUGAAAGACCCUGGCCCUCUUCAUUGCAUUGUAGUUCUUGUGCUUGUCUUGUCGAUGGACUUGUUGCAACAAAGAUGCACACCUUUUAAUCAGAUCAGUUGUGAAUACUUGAUUGUUACCUGUGUUUUUAAUAUUACUAAUUGAGGAUUGUCUAAAGCUUCUUUCCUGUCUUGCCUUCUAAACCUGCGUCGAUUAGAUCAUGUUGUUAGCGCUACUUGCUCUGUUCAAUUUGGCUUCAUUUUUCACAUUUCUAGAUACCUCCACAAGAGUGUUAUUUCUUCAUUUUUCUUCUCUUCUGCCUGUAUGCUUUAGCUUCAAGCUACUCCUGACAUUGGCUGGCUGGUGGUUCUAUUGAUUAAUGGUUCAGUAUUUGGCUUUUGAGUCUUCCUAGAAAAUUAUACUGUCUGGAAAUGUUAGAAAUAUAGUUCAUUUCGACACUACUAUUGAGGCCCAGUAGUGCCAGAGAGAUUUUUUUCUGGUUCCACUGCUUUUUCUCCUACCAGACAUGUUGCAUUUAUAACUCUUAUUUGUUAUGACAAGAGUAUUUGUGAUUAAGAUUGCUAAUGGUUUUAUUAUUUACAAGGGGACAAAGCAUAUUAAGAUCAAUCACCACUUUGAUACUUCCGUCCUACCAUUUCUCUGACUUCCUCAUUCUAGUUCCUCAAGUGGCUCGUGGACUUCCUAGAACUUUGUUUUCAGUUAUAAUGGACAAUUUUUUUAUGACUGAUCCAGUUUGGCUGUUUCUCCCCCUUUGUUCUUUUGUAGGGUGGGGUGGCCAAUUUUUGUCCAUACCAGGCUAUUGCUUCUGCUAUUGGAUUCUAUUUUAUGUCCACAUACUUCUGGUGCUCGUGGUGCUUCUAGGAAUCUUUUUUAUGACAAUCACUGAUCUGGUUUAGCGAUUGUGUAUUCAACAGUAGACAAAUUAUUGAAUUAGUAAAUGGGAAGAGCCCUUUUUUUCCAACUAUGACCACCUCAUGGAUAGUGUCUCCUGCUGACUUGUGGGUGAUGGACGAAUAGCUGGUCAUUUAAGUCACAAUUUGUGGAUCGCAUAAUUUUACUAAAAAUUUUGCUUGUCUGCAAGCAUUUAAUCAAAAGCUUACUUUUGAUAAGAACUGGACCAACAAGAAUGUAGCAGGGCUAUUAGUUGAUUGUCGUAUGGACAUAAACUCUAUGAUAUUUUUGUGUGUGUGUGUG